AGGGAAUUGUUUUGCCUAUUUUUGAAAAGCAGCUUGUUAAAUAACAAAGAAAAAGUAGAAUAAAAUUUUACCGAAAUCACCAGCCAAUAGUGAAGGAUUAAAAAAGUCAGAAAAUCACUCAACUCCUCAUGUUGAAAUUACGCGACAAAUUUCGGCAGUUGAAACUGACCGUUCGAUCGUUGGACCGUACCAAGAUUUUGGCACACGGAGGAGCAUAUGGCACCGUAUUUGAAGGGCAAUGGCGUGGGAUUCCAGUGGCCGUCAAGCGAGUUCCUAACAAUUUAACAAAGGAACGGAAGAAAUCAACUUUACUGAAACUCAAUCAUCGAAAUGUCAUCAAAUUAUUUCACAUAGACAGCGACGAACAUUUCAAGCAUUACGUUCUCGAAUUAUGUGAAGCCUCACUCGACAGAUUAUUUUUGAAAGAGUGCGACCCGCGAAAAUAUCGUGGCCCAAUGCCACCAGAGUAUGAAAUCAUCAAACAAUUAGCCGAAGGACUCGAGUACAUCCACCAAAUGAAACUAAUCCAUCGGGAUAUUAAACCAGAAAACGUCCUCAUCUGGGUGAACCCACAAACUGAUCAAGUUUUGAUGAAAUGGUCCGGGCUUGAAACGAGCAAACUAGUCAACGAAAGGGGAACGUGUUCCAUGAGUGGAAUCAAAGGAACGUACAACUGGCUGGCACCGGAAACAAUCAAAUUACUUAAAGAGGAAGACGCUAAUUUUGUCCAGCAAACAUGGACAAUCCAAUCGGAUGUUUUUGCGGAAGGACUGGUCUUUGGCUAUUAUUUAUUGGGCGGGAGGCAUCUAUACGGAUCCCGUUAUCAAAUUCAAUACAACAUCAUCAAGAAUGCUCCCGUGAAUCUGCCUAAAAUCCAGGUGAAACCUGCUUUACGUGCCCUGAUUGAGAAAAUGUUGACAGCGAACCCAGAAGAUCGAAUUACUUCGUCAGAUGUCGUUCAGCAACUCGAAAAUAUCGGACGUGGACCGUUCAAGGACGACGAAGUGGUUGGUAUAAUUCGGUGUAGUUUAUUCGAUGACAGACCACCACCCGAAAAAUCGAAUGAAAUCAAAUUGGACAAAGAGACCAUUUUAGGAAACGGAGAUUACGGCGACGUUUUUCUAGGCGAAUGGAAUAGCAAACGGGUGGCUGUCAAGCAAAUCAAAUUAUCGGAAAUGAAAACACAAAAACAAGAAGACGAACUGACAUUACUGAGACUUGACCAUCCGAAUGUCGUCAAACUUUUGCACGUCGAGGAUGACUCAACAUAUAGGAAUUAUGCAAUGGAACUGUGUGCCGCCUCGUUGGACCAAUUAUUCUUGAAAGAUGAUGACCAUUCAAAAUAUCUCGAGUCGAUGCCCCCAGCGGAAGAUGUCCUCUAUCAAUUGGCUAUUGGACUCUACUACAUUCACGAAAAGGGAUUGAUCCAUCGGGACAUUAAACCUCAAAACGUCCUCAUCUGGAUGAAUCCAACAACCAAUCAAGUCGUGAUGAAAUGGGGCGGAUUACGACUUAGUAAAGGGAACGACGAUAUUAAAAACAGGAAUUUGACAUUUGGAUGGUUAGCGCCAGAAUUACUGAAGACACUGGACAAAGGAGAUUUCGAUACGUUUCCAACAGUCAAGAGUGACGUCUUUGCCCAAGGACUUUUGUUCGGAUAUUACCUGUUGAGAGGUGAACAUCUUUUCGGGUGUCCUGUUAAAGCUGCCUCUAACAUAAUGACAAACGAACCAGUCAACCUCCAAGGAUUCGAGAACCAGGCCACUCAAGACUUAAUAAAGAAAAUGUUGGAGCCCAAUCCUGAAAAAAGAAUGACGUCGUCGGAUGUCGCCGAAGUCUUAGAACAAAUCAGGGCUAAGGAGAUGGUCACCACAAUGGCAGAUGAUAAUACUCCAAGUUUGAAACAAAUAAAAAUUAAUGUUAACAAGAUUUUGGGAAGUGGAGGUUAUGGAAUAGUUUUCCAAGGCGAGUGGAAUAACAAUCAAGUGGCGGUCAAACAAAUUCCUUUAUCUAAAGUCGAAAGUAACAAACGAGAGGAAGAAGCGUUGCAAAUGCUCAAUCAUCCGAACGUUAUCAAACUUUUCCACACAGAAAGCGACUUGGAGAAUAGGUAUUACGUGAUUGAAUUGUGCGCUGCUUCACUGGACGAAUUAUUUGCGAAUGAGAAGGAACCCAAAAAAUACCAAGGACCAAUGCCACCAGACUCUAAAGUUCUCCUUCAAUUGGCCGAAGGACUCCAAUACAUUCACGAAAAAGGUCUGAUCCAUCGCGACAUUAAACCCCAAAAUGUUCUGAUUCACGUCGAUUCAACUGGGGAAAAUAUUUUGAUGAAAUGGGCCGACUUCGGUUUGAGCAAAAUAGUCAACGAAAAUGGAAGUUAUUCUCUAUCGAAGAAUGUCAAGGGGUCGGAUAAAUGGUUCCCACCGGAAAUAUUGAAAUUAAUGGACGACGAAGAAGCUAAUUUGACUGAAUGUCAAGCAAAGCAAAGAGGAACCAUCAAAAGCGACGUCUUUAACCAAGGACUCGUCUUCGGCUAUUAUCUUUUAAAAGGGCGUCAUCUGUUUGGUAAUCUUACCGAGUCAAACAUAUACAGAGACAAACCGGUUAACCUAGACAAAAUACAAUGGGAAAUCGGUCGCGAACUGAUCAAGAAGAUGAUCCGUGCGGACCCAAAGGAAAGAAUUUCUUCAUCGGAUGUCGCAAAAGAUCUAAGAGAUAUCAAAUCCGACUUAGGUUAACUCGCCCAACAUAAAUUUUAAGAUUGAAAUGUUUCAUCUAUUAUUAUCAAUUACGGCCUGGGGGGAAUAAACAGCUUUUUAUUAAAUUUAAAAAUGCCAUUGCAUAUUCCAGUGGAGCAACCAGUAACCAAUAAAAUAAAAUAGAAACUUGAA